GAGGAGGAAGGCGAAACAAGCGAAGGAGAAUUGCGGGAGCACUGCGGCCUUUGUUCCUCCUUCCGAUCUUCUUCUACAAGAGACCAUUGAGGAAGUUUGGCAGGAUUUGGGUUAAAUACUGCUACCAAUCAGACCUUCUCGGCACCUGCAUUUGGGAAAUUGCUGCAUGUGCAAAGCUCUGAUUCGAGCCCGAGACAACGUGAUAUUCAUGAAUUCCAGAAGCACUGUGGCAUCAUCUGUUUCCUGUGUAUCGGGAAACAAGUACAGCUCUGGAGUUUUGGUUUGUCUGCUUCCAGGGUUUCUGGGAGUUUAUGUUGUUUUUGUAAACUACCUCUUGUUAAAGGCCAUUGUGAGGAGCCCAGCUUCAUCAGCUGUCUCAGGAAUUCGUUGAAGGCAUUGCCUUAGCUGGAUCAGUUACUGGUUGCCUUUCUUUUGAUUCUUCCAUCAUUUCUGGAGAUGGUUUCCUCUGGUAUAUCUGGUUUGACCAGAACUUGUAAUCAGAAGUUCCGCAACAUGAAAGUACUUUUACCAAUGGGCCCAUCCGAUUCCAUUCCAAACGACCACGAAAUUGACUUUUCUGUUGUUUUUGGUCCCAUACCAGUCGAACCAUCAGUCGAAAUCAACGGGCUGGCCUCCAAUAAUUUUGUUCCAAGGAGAGCUUCUGAUGGAAAAAAUUAUGAUUCUCCGUUAGUCCUUAGAAAUCGGUCUCAUGCUCUUGUCGGGCCUUCUCAAAUUACACAGCUGCUGCAGCACACUUCGCUUGAAACGAACAGUUUAAGGGAUCUUGGAGCGUGCUCCACAGUUAAGACUGAAGUUCAACAAGAGAAGACACGCAGUAAUGAUGCUGCAGAGAAAGAUAACCAAACAAAGGAGGUUUCAGGAGUGGGACUUGAGGAUUUUGAAGUUUUGAAACUAGUCGGACGGGGGGCUUUUGGUAAAGUUUUUCAGGUGAGGAAAAGGGACACUUCGGAAAUAUUUGCAAUGAAGGUUAUGAGAAAGGAUAAGAUAAUUGAAAAGAAUCAUGCUGCGUACAUGAAAGCCGAGAGGGAUAUAUUGACAAAAAUUGACCAUCCAUUUAUUGUUCGGCUCAGAUAUUCCUUUCAGACAAAAUACCGAUUGUAUCUGGUGCUGGAUUUUGUUAAUGGGGGGCACCUAUUCUUUCAGCUAUAUCAUGAGGGUUUAUUCAGAGAGGAUUUGGCAAGAAUAUAUGCGGCUGAGAUAGUUUCUGCUGUCUCCCACCUUCAUGCAAACGGGAUAAUGCACAGAGACCUUAAGCCUGAGAACAUCCUUAUGGAUGCUGAUGGCCAUGUGCUGCUCACUGAUUUUGGGCUUGCGAAGGAAUUUAAUGGCAAUGAUAGAUCAAACUCUCUGUGUGGGACGGUAGAAUACAUGGCGCCGGAGAUUAUCACCGGAAAAGGCCAUGAUAAGGCUGCUGAUUGGUGGAGCGUUGGAAUUCUGCUAUUUGAAAUGCUUACAGGAAACCCACCAUUUGUUGGAGGAAAUCGAGAUAAAAUUCAGCAGAGAAUAGUGAAGGAGAAGAUGAAGCUCCCUUUUUAUUUAUCCGCUCAAGCCCAUUCCCUCUUAAAAGGACUGCUGCAAAAGGAAGCGAGCAAGAGGCUUGGGAAUGGACCUGGUGGCAGCAAUGACAUAAAGAAUCAUAAAUGGUUCAAAUCCAUAAACUGGAAGAAACUCGAGGCAAGGGAGAUACAACCCAGUUUCAGGCCGAAUGUCGCCGACCAAUUAUGCAUUGCGAAUUUCGAUAAGAAGUUGACUAGCAUGCCUUUGCUCGAUUCUCCGGUCGCCAGUCCGGUCGCCGGCGAUGACGUGUUUGUGAAUUUUUCCUAUGUGAGGCCCAGUACUUUCCUUCAGAAACAGAGCCUUCUGCAGAGCUAGAUGCCAUCUUGUAAAUAGAUUGAAUGAGGUUAGAUUUCAAAUUCAUUAGAUUUAUUUUGAGGUGUGAUUUUUAAAAUUUGAUUGAUUACUUCUAUGUUGUUUCCAUCUCAAAACAAAUCUAAUGAGUUUGAAUUUCUCUCAAU